GUCAUUGUCAUUCAAAGUUUGUCUGUGGGAUCCCACACGUCCUUCGCUCCGUUCCAGACGAAAAUCCCGGAAAAUGCCUGGAAAUUAACGAAAACCGUAAAUUAAACCGGUAAUUUUUCGGUGCCGCGAGUGAAAUGCACGAUGGCAGUGUUAGUUCCCAAUUUACACGGACAGAAUAUCCACAGUCACCUCACCAGAAGCUUGGAAAAAAUUCUGGAUGAGGCCCAUCAGAGCGGCGAGCUAAAAUUGAGCAAUAGGAAGCUUAAGGAUUUUCCUAAAGCGAAGGAUAAAUAUAAUUUGAGCGACACGGUUAUUGCAGAUCUUUCGAAAAACCGCUUCAACGAGCUUCCCGAAGAAGUAACGGAUUUCCACUUUUUAGAAAGGCUCCACUGUUACCACAACUCGAUCCGGCAUAUUCCUGACACGAUAAGUAGCUUGCAAUGUUUGAACUUUUUGGAUCUCAGCAGGAACCAGCUGACUACUUUGCCAAGGGAAAUUUGUCUUUUACCCAUACAAAUUCUCCUGGUCUCGAACAACCGACUCUCCUGCCUACCGGACGAUCUCUAUAAAAUGUCCCAUCUAACCGAACUGGACGCCUCUUGCAACCAAAUAACCCAUUUCCCCCCUCGAAUGGGAGAGCUACGCUCCUUACAAUCUCUGGUUUUACGCAGCAACCUUCUACUCGCCGUACCAGUAGAAAUAACAUUCUUGAAACUGAUGAGGCUGGACCUUAGCGCGAACAGAAUCAACACCUUACCAAUAGAGAUGCGAGAAAUGGAUAGCAUUAUCGAUUUAAUCAUCGAUGAGAACCCUUUAAUGAGUCCACCAGCUAGUCUAUGUAAACGGGGACGAGUGCACAUCUUUAAAUAUUUGGAGAUUGAGGCGAUGAAAAUCGCAAGUAAAACCGGCGGGAAUACCGGGACUCUCGGGAGAAGAUCGAGGAAGGGCGGGGCGGGAUCUCCCGGACCUUCUCACCUCGCCACGAGGUUAAAACACAAGAGGCAAAAUGUGGAUAGUGGGUACAGUACCAGUAGCGAUUGUUACGAGAAGAGGUGGUCGCAGGAGUUGGGAGGUGACGAAAAGUCUUCUUGGCCUUCAACCCCGAUCUUAGGGCGUAACAUUGACCACAUCAAGUCUACUACUUCCACCCCUUCGACCAUCUCACCCGCCACCGUUGAGGACGAUUUUAGCAAAAACGGAGAUCAUUUAGACAAACCUGACGGACAAUUGAAUGGCACAAGUGCUCGUCUUAGUCCUUGCGGUGAUCUAAUCAUUAAUGGGAACUCUAACGAUGACACACCCAAGAUACAGACUUAUAGAGAGUACAAGGAGGCCUUAAAGCAACAACGCCUACACGACGUACCGUCCAUCUAUCGUACCAAAGACCCGGACGAUCAAUCGCACACCAAAACCGAACCGAACACACCGACGCAUCAUCCACAGAACCAACUCGCCACCUCGAAAUCCGACCCGACCCCGUUAAAUUCGGCCUUCGGGAAUCCCCGAAGUAUUUUCGACGACACGGGCGGCGCCCUGAACGCCACAAAAAAGCCGGUUCAGAAGGUGCAACCGUCGCGGAAUACCAACUUUUCCUCGCCCCAACACACUGCCACCACGACCAACACUAGUGGCGGGUAUUCGAAUGGAACGAAGCUCGGUGGUGGCGGUGGGGUGUACGUUAAACCGAGCUCGCCCCUUAAAGGGGCGGGCGGUGGGUGUUUGGGACACGACAGCGUGCCCGCCAGUACGGGUGCGGCUGUUCAGGCUGUGAUUUUGAACGGAAAAACCAACAACUCGUCCACACUUCCGAAAUUGUCGAUGCCGAAUUACGUAAAUGGCACCACGUCCACACCAAAAUCCACCAACGGAAUAAAAUCGCAGAAAAAUCCCGGUUGGAACAAAGAAGGCGGCGAAAAAAUGACGUUUACCAUGAGAAGGGAGAUCGAUAAGGCCCGCGAGGAGACUGAUCUAAUUAAUCAACUCAGAACGAUAAUAGAGACAAGACUAAAGAUGGCUCUACCGGAAGAUUUGGCAUCGGCACUAACAGAUGGCGUAGUUCUCUGCCACCUGGCGAAUCAUAUCAAACCGAGAUCGGUGGCUAGCAUUCAUGUACCUUCUCCCGCAGUUCCUAAACUUACGAUGGCGAGAUGUCGGCGUAAUGUGGACAACUUCAUAGACGCUUGUCGGAAAAUUGGAGUUGAUGAGGGGCGGCUGUGCACCACGUGCGACGUCACCGAGGCGCUCCAGGGUCGCGGCCUACCCCGUCUAGUCACCACCCUCGAAGCCCUCUGCGAGCUGGUCGACGAGUCGCCCCUGGAACCACCUACAGCCAACAAUUCCGACCUCCGAUCGCAGCUGCCGCCUCAGGAACGACCUACGGACAAUAAUAACGAUGACAACGUGGAAAGGGAAUUCGUGAGGUUACCGCCCACGUGGUGGGACACGUUGUUUUCGUUGGUGUUGUUGUCGAUUUUUGUUAGUACGGUCGCCUUUUUGGUUACCUUUCCUCCGCCAAAUUGAAUCAUUUUUUUAUUUAUUUAUUUAAUAUAAGGGGUUAAUAUAGAAUGAAGGCCGUCUUGUACUGACGACUUGUACUCACAAUGAUGCAGCUUUAUUUUAGGUGAAUCCAUUGUUUUUAAAAUGGAAUUAAAAAAAACACAUCCUAAAAUCUGCUUUCGUGUUUACAACGACGUUUCGACAAUUUUUCAAAUCAAUUUAGUUGGGUCGAUUCCAAAAAAGUGAGGGCCGUUGUGAUACCUAUAAAUUUAAAUACGAUACUGACUAAAAUUUUUGAAAAGGACCUUAAAAUCAAACUACAGGUAAACCUCGAUGAUCCGUCAGGGUGCGACGGAUAUGAAAAAAAGACGGAAAAUAGAAAAAAAUACAAAUUUAUUUAAACAAACUUGCGAACAAAAAAGGAAUAAACAAACCUAUAUAAAAAUAAUAUUAAGUCAUAAACAUGAUGGCUUUUUUAAAAAAAUCUGUGAUUUUUUUUGCUUUAUCAUUUGGAAGCGUUUCUUUCUUGCAAGGUGGCGUAUUUUCCUCAAUAACACUAGUUGAACUAGUUCUGCUUCUUCUUGAUUUUCAUCUCAUUGUAUAAUUUUUGUUACCAUAUCCUCAGCUUCCACAUGGCUAAUGCUAUCUUCCGGAUUAUCUGGUAAGUCAUCUUCACAAUCUUCAUGAUCAGUGGCUUCUAAAGGUUUUAAAACGUGGUUAAUUAAUUCGUCGUCUGGUAAAAUAUCAUAUCCUACAUCCUGUUUGUCAAUAUCUAACCAAUUAGAAACGUCAUUUUCUGAGAUGUCUUCGAAUCCAGGAAGAUUUGAAAAUGUUUGCUUUAUGGAUGAAAUAUUAGGUGUUGGAUUUUCUUUCUGAUCGAGACCUGUAUUUUCGGUAGGCAACAAUUUAUUCCAACUUUUAUUCAAGGUUUCUGCGGGUAUACUGUUCCAAGCUUCAGCGGCAAUAUAUAUGGCCUCUUUUAUGAAAAAUAUUUUCCGAUAUUGUUUUAAGUCCGUAUCUGUCUCGGAAAUAAAUUCUUGGAUAAAAGCCUUUCGAUAUCUUCUCUUGAAACUUUCAAUAACCCCUUGGUCCAUAGGCUGAAUCAAGGAGGUCGUAUUUGCAGGCAAAAAGUGACAAGUUAUUUUACCAUCUUCGGACUUUAACUCUUCAAUAGGAUGAGUUGGCGCAUUAUCCACUAAAAGCAUAGCUUCUUCGGGAAGAUUUUCACGUAAGUAUUUUUUAACUUCAGGUAGAAAACACGUUCUAAACCAAUCAAUUAAUAUCUCUUGACUCAUCCAUGCACUUUUUUGGGCUCUAUAUUUCAUAGGCAAUAAUCCCAAAUCCAUGUUUUUUAAGGCACGAGGUUUUUUUGCUUUUCCAUUGACCACAAGCGGAAGCCUAUGAUCACCAUUUGCCCAUCACGCAUUUGCACAAGCCAUAAUCGUUAUGCGUUCCUUUUGAACUUUAUAUCCAGGUGCUGACAUCUCAGAAGAUGAAGCUAAUGUCGUUUGAGGAAGUGCCUUUCAAUUUAAGCCUGUUUCAUCGCAGUUGUAAACUUGAUUUCUUUGUAGACCACGCUUUUUAAUUUCCUCCCGAAGCUUGUUAACAUAAUCUACCACACUAUUAGCACUUAAUUUUUCACCUUCAAUAGAUAACUGCCUUAUUCCGUGUCGAAAUUUAAAUUUGUCCAACCAUUCGGUUUGGACGGACGGGUCGGUAUUUGGCAAUUUUUUAUUGAAUUCUAACGCUUUUUGUUGAAUAAUCGGGCCUCAUAAAGGUAUUCCCUGACUUCGCUGCUCGGCAAACCAGUAAAACACAACCGCAUGUAAUUCAUUGUGGGUAGCUAAUUUCAUCGUUUUUCGAUGAGUAACAUCACCAUCUGUUGAUUCCAUUUUGCUGAUAUGGUUUUCAAUGAUAUCUCCAUGCUUUUUUAAAUCAUUAAUUGUAGUUCGCGGAACAUUAUAAAAUCUUGACAGUGCUAUAGCGCGUUCUUCCUUUCUUAAUCGACACACAAUUUCAUAUAUUUUUUAGCCAAAUCCAGCACUACGCGCUUUCUUUUAUUAUCAGACAUUGUAAAAAGUGAAACAAAACAGUUUUACAUACACAAACACUGUACACUAAACACUAAACUAAACUAAAAAAAUAAACUAAACACACUGUAAACUAUCCACCCUAUACCUUAAAUAUUGAAACCGAUAUUAGAAGCUAAUUUGCACGAUGCGUUCGUAGUGCAUGCAAGUUAAAACAAAUCAGUCGGUCGCGCGGUCGGGCUCUGUUAAAUCUUUGCCGCCGGCAAAGUUUACUGAAUAAAAUACAAGUUGCUUCACUCGGCGAAAAACCUUUUAUGUUUUGAUCUCAAAGGCAGGGGAAUUCUGGUAAAAAAUACCUAUUAUUUUACGAGUUUCGUCUAAUUUGAACUCCCCUACAGUUCAAAUUAGACGAAACUCGUAAAAUAAUAAGACGGAGCACGAUUUUAUAACAACUUUAUUAUCUGGCAUAAAAUUAUUAUUUAAUGUACCUACUUGGGAAAAAUAUGUAAAUUAAUAAUACUUUAAAUUAUUUGUUUUUAUAGCCACCAAACUAAAUAAAUUUUACAUUAGCAAAGUUUACGUAAUUCAAGAACUAAAUGGUUAAAUUGUUUUUGUUAAUAAUUAGGUACUUAGGUAUCUUAUUAAAAAGGUUGUUUUGGUACGACUGGUUUCAUUAGGAUUUAUUUUUAAAUCAAAGUCAAAAGUUUGUGUAAAAAAAUGCAUAUAUUACUGUUACUAAACGUAACAACUAAAGAUAGAAAUAACUACUAAGUGACAGAAGACAUGUUUAAAUUUUCAAUGAUUGGUUACUACACUUUUUGACGUUUUUGUUAUUUUGUCAGACUAAUAAUAGCAUUACCAAAGACAUUAUAAGUAAUAAACGUAAUGUUUCAUUCAUAACCAGCCCAAAAAUGUGGAAUUUUAUUGUUUUAAAAUUAGUAGUGAGAGAGAAAAAGAUGGAAAAAGUGUUGUUAGUACCCCUUGGCAACAAUGCAUAUUUUCAAUUAAUUUUUGUUUGGUUUGUUGCCAGUGGGGUAGAGCUUAUGCACUAGUGCAAAUAAUAUUAUAAUAAUCGACAAAUUUGUAAUUUUCAUUUCCCCUCCUCACACUCCUUUCAGGAUUGUGUACUCUACAAAUAAUUUUCUAUAUCUAUAGGUGUUGUUUUUGUUGCUCUUCUGCAAUUUUAAAUAGAGGCGAAAAAUUUCAUUACAUAAUUAAUUAACCUUAAUAUUUUUCAUGUGACGACGCUGGUGGUAUAAAUACAAAAGUCUUUUGCUGUUUAAUCGUAUAACAAAUAAACUUAUCGAUGAAACGUUAAAUUUGGAUUUUAGUGCUCUACUCUCUUUACUACACAAGAAUGCACCAUGAUCGUUUAUUUUGGCAUUAAUUUUCUCCAAAAAAGUACGAAAACAACAAAAAACUGAUAAAACACAUUCUAAACACAAAACACGCCCUUAGACUCAAUAAUUUAAAGCGUUUAUUUGUUUUAAUUCCUUGGCAACAUCGCUCGGGAUUCAUUCAUUCAUAAUUUUUGACAGAACUCGAAAAAUAGUAAAACGUGCGUGAGACUGUAGCGCAACGUUGCCGAAGUGACUAAAUUUUUUAAUGCUCCAAGAUAUUUUUGUUUUGACUGCUGCCUUUAUUAAUAUUUUUGCUUUUAAAUUAAGUCGAUAAAAAAAAAUAAAAAUAAAAUAAGAGUUAAAUGUACAAAAGUUCCAUAACGCAUUUAUAUAGCAAAAUAAUAUAAGAAUAAAAUAAGAAGUUGACCAAAAUCCAACUUUCAUAUUUUAUUUUAUGUGAAAACGAAACUUUCAUUUUUCGGAUAUCUAAAAAACAUUAAACCACUUCCACGCUUUGUAAAACAACUGUCUAUCGAACAAUAAGUCGACAUUUUAAUAUAAUAGAUUAUAAUAAUUUGCCAGUCCACCCGGUACAACUAGUAAUAAAAUGCUCGCACAUCAAAUCGAUGUAAACUCUACUCACUGUGUAACCCAACAGAUUCGAUUGUAGGAGCGUCGCCCGGCAAAUGAAGUGAGGAGCGGUGAAUAGGUAAUUCGGCGCGUGGAGCCCAGUGAAGCAAAUUGUAUUUUAUUCAGUAAACUUUGCCGCCGGGCUGCGAAUUAAAUUCUCCGAAUUUAUUUUCAACAACAAGGUGGGGGUGACGAAUAACAGAAGUUGACGAAUAAUCGAGUGCCGGAUAAUCGAGGUUCUACUAUAGUUGAUUUUCUAGAAAAAUAUAAUAUCCUAAAUACUAAACAGUAUAGGAUAUAAAGGCCUUCAAUACAGUCAACGAAGACUUUUGUCAAGGCUGGAAGGGAUAGAAAUAACAGGACUGGACGAAGUCAAUUGGUAAAAAUUUGAUAUUUUCACAGCCAAGAAUUGACAGUUAAUACAGUAUUGAGCUUGGUUCUAUUUAUGAUAUACAUAGAUUAGCUCCUUAAAUUUACUUAUCGCAGUGUUCUGAUUUCAUAUUGCGACGAUAAGGUGUUGUUCAUUGACGAGAAAACCUGGGGAGAAAUUGAAAACUUUGCAAUCAUGAAGUUAUAAAAAAUUGUUUCAUGGAUCGAUGAAAAUUACUUGCGGUAAAUCUAGAAAAGAAAGUUUAUCUUUCUUUUGCACUCACAAAAAAAAAGGUUUACCGAGUAACCCAAUAAACGUGAAGUUACCUUUUAGAAAGGAACAAAACUGGGUCAUCCCAAUUUAUUUGACCGCAAAAUACCUCGCAGUAACGAUCGACUCACGGUUGAAAUGACGUGUACAUACAAACAAUCUUAUUAAAAUAUUAAGAUCUUUACCUUUCUUUGGUACAAUCGUUGCUCAAAUACGGUAUAAUAAGAUGGAGGGCACCUAUACUGAGCACUUAAAUUCUAACUCAUUUUUUAUUUAACCCAGACAUUACGGAAUUAAUUUUUGGAAAGAAAAAAUUAAAAUUCUUGUCAAAAAUGGUUGAUUAUAGUUCCUAAUAAUCAAAUUAAAAUAUUUUAUCCAAUUUUGUUAAACCAGAAUUUUUUUCAAAAAACUUGGGUUCUUUUAAAAGGUCGCUAGUAAUAUGGGGUACUAAUAAUACAACUAAAACUUUUUAAAUCAUUUAUCAAGGCGAAAUAUUCUAUAGUAUGUACUUAUGUUAUACAGUAUGGUACUCCUUAAAGCAAUCCUUGGGAUGCAGCCCGAUGUCACAUUUAUGGCAUCUAAACUGCACUUUCUUGUGACAAUUGCCACAUUUUGUUUGCUUCUCUUGAUAUAUAAUUAGAUGGUCAAUUCCAUCAUAUCGAGAGUAGGCAUGGGCAUUAUUUGAUAAUCUUGGGCGUCCCCUUUUUAAAGGUCUCUUAUAUGUUUCCAGGAAAUUAGUGGCAAUUGCUCUUCGGAAUGUAAGUUGAUCCAUUUUCCCCCCUUGGGGUCGGUGAAUUUGCCAUGCAUUCUGUACAGCCAUAUCAAUACAGUCAGAAAAGAGAGGAUAGUACCAUUUCUUUCCUCGGAUUGAGAUUCUAUAUAGUCCGAUGUUUUGAUCACAACGAUCAACUCCGCCCAUGUUUGCAUUAUAGCUUUUGAUCAAAUCUGGUUGAUCAACUAAUAUUAUCUUUUUUUCUUUCUGAGAAUACCGUUUUACUUGCCGAACAGGCUCAGAGGAACAUGCAUUACUAGCUAUAGAUACAACAUUAUUGUCAUUUCACUUACAUACAAAUAUUUUGGAAGCAUUAGACAUACCAUAGGAGCUUUCAAAUUUGCCCCUUUCAGACUUUUUUAAAAUCCUUGAUGAUGGUAAAGGACAUAAACCAAGCCUAUUUUCUCUAAUAGUACCUGUAGCUUUUACACCUCUCUGGGUGAGUACGUCUAAUAAUGGAAGGCUCGUAAAAAAAUUUUCAAGGUAAAAAUGAAAAUUUAAGUUUACUUUUGAUGUAUAUUAGAGCAUCAGCAAAUCGUAAAAUUACACCAGGGCCUAAUCCCAAGUCUUUAUAGGAUUGAGCAGGCUGCUGAAUAAAUGAACCCUGAUAUGGUUCAAAACAUAACUACAUAACCUAGUCUGGUUGAUCCCACCCAAAAUAUGUAGCCCCAGCGAAUAGGUUUUCCGCGUAUAAACUGCCCAUAAUAGGGGACCAUAGCCUCAUCAAUACAGUAAUUUUGUUUAUUCGGAGAAAAUAACAUAAAACGCUGAUUUAAAACAUUGAAGAGAGGCUUCGUUUUAGAAAAUUUAUCAUUUUUAUCGAGAUCAUUAUUAUCGCAGCAAUGAAUGUUUUUCAUUAUAUAUGUAAAUCUAUCACGAGACAUUGCGGAAGCAAUUAAUUCAUUUUGAGAGUCGUUAGCAGUCUCCCAAUACAUAAAUCGUUUUGGUACUCUGUAUUAGAUAUAUAGUACUUUGGUACUCAAAAUACCAAUGAAGCACUGUAUUUCAUCAACGCUUAUAUCUGCAGGACGGUUAUUUUCGCUGCAAUAAUUAUUGGUAUAGAGAUGCAAGAGAUGUAACAUCAUUAUCAAAAAAUAGUUUAAAUAGAUUCAAAGGAGAAAUAUUAUUUGGAGGUUCGACUGGGUUUAAAAAAUUAGGAAAAUCGUUAAGAGCAGCAUUGUUUGUCCAUGAAAAAGAUUUGGCUGGUGUUAUGAUCUCCCCUUGGGCUUUCGUAACAUUUGAAACAAAUUUGGUUUUGCCACAAAGUACUGAGAGAGGAACAUCCUCGUCAGAAUCCGCCUCUAAAUCGGAGUUUUCACAACUUUUGAUUGAAUUCAUGAUUUCGACAGGUGCUCGAAGUUGACUUCCGGGUAAAUUAUUUAGUAUCUACCAAGUCCUCUUCACCUGAAUCUUCAUCGGUAUGGUGCAGUUUCGGGUGGAAAAAUCACUAAUUCUACAGGCGUAUCAUCUUCGUCAAUAUAGGCAUUCUCAGCCUCAAUUAGAAGCUCAUGUAAAGUGAGUGGUUUUUUAUAGCUGAAAUUAAAAUAUAAACAUAAGUAAAUAUACAUACAUAUUAUACAAUCUUUGGUUACCAAUAUCAUUUUUUAAUAAUUGGGUAACAAUUUAAAAAAAUGCAAAUUUAUAAAAAAUAUCUAUAAUUUCACAAAGACACAAAGUAUUACUCUCCAAAGAACAAAUAAUUAUCAUUCUUUUAUUAUAUAUACUGCAUACCUAUUAGAUGCUCAAAUUACUAGCGUUACAAGGCCACCAAAGAUAUCCCUACCGGCAAAACGUAAACUUAUGCAUCUCUUUUUUAUUAUUGCAUAUCGCCAAAGUAAGUAUUUUUAAUUAUAAUUAACAUAAUUUUCAUCCAAUUACUUUUAAUUUGUUUCAUUUACUUACCUCCAAUUACUCAUAGUUUUAUAACAAAAUAUACACGUCACAAAAAACUACUUAGCUUGUAUACAAAUUCGCAAACUGACAGCCACCUGUUUCUAGAAUAUUUCUACAAGUUCCGGAAAUACAAUUCAACAGGUAUAUCAGUCACUCUAUUUUUCGGGCGGUAGCUGUAACGUGAAAUACAGCAUUCUGUGUGGCGUACUUUUAAAAGGACGCUAGUAAUAUUUGGGUUAAAUCGACGAUUUUCCUCAACAGAACUUUUUCAACAUACAUACCAACUAUUAAAUAAAUAUUUUAUAGACAAUCUAUAUGUCAAUUAAUAAAAAAACAAACUAUUAGGACAAUCUUCAACUCAAAACCACAAACAUAGCACGCGAUUUCAAACUUAACUAAAUAUUAUAACAAGCAGACAGAAUAGAGUUAUUGGACAACAAAGCUAUUGCUACGCUGGUAGUUUUUAAUAAAUUACCACUUGAACUAAAACAGAUAAUAAAUCAAAAGCAUUUUUGUUAAUUAAUGUUUACUAUGGCAAAAGUUUAGUUUUCAACAAAAAAAAUAGUAGACACUUUCCAGGAUUUAUAAAGUUUCACUUUUUACGCACUAGUGCCUAAAAAAACACGUUGAAACGUUGAAGUUACUUGCUCUUCUUCCCUUUCAGGGGUCUGUUGGUUUUAAAUUACAUUGAAAGUAUUUUAAGUGUAUAACAAUGAAAAUCCAAUUUCUUAAAUCAAUUACAUUGCACAAUCCAAUCUGUGCAAGAAAAGUAAUAAUAUGAUCUAUUAUAUUUCUUGGUUUGUAUAUUGUUGAAUGCCACUUUUUGGAAUAGCUAUUGAGAUUAUUUAUAUUUAUAAAGGCAAAUUAUUAUAGUAAACUAGUUUUCAAACAAAGACAGGACUUUUCCAAAAACCAUUUUGAAAAUUAGAGAGUAAUCUUUUGUUCCAAGAGUUUUAUACAAUACUUUUUCGAAAAUUUUAAGGUUUAAUAUGAAAAGAAAAAGACUUCUUAUAAAGUAAUUUAAAUUUUAAUCUCCCCGGAGAUGAUGAAAUAUAGUGUCGAAACGUUAAUGUAAACAUAAAAACAGAUUUAUGUGUUUCCUUUUUAAUUGACCCCAAUCUAACUAUAUGUAUUAUUUACGUUAAGAAGCACUUUUUGAGUCACAAACACCAUUUCUACAUUUUGUGAAAAAACAAAAUAUAAUUUAGUGCUUAAAAAAAAAAUAUAUGUUCUAAAGUGAACAAAUUUACAUACCAAAUUUCCUCAUAAUACCUAUAGAAAAUCAAACAAAACUUUCCCAGUGUUCACUCUAAAUGUUCGUGAUAACAUUCCAACUUUGGCAUUUUUUUGCUUAACAAAUAUAAUAUUAUUACGUCAGGUUGUAAUCCUUCCUCUCAGUAUUUACCUAUUGUUUUUCAUAUUAUUUUAAUUUAAUUAGUAUUAACGCUCCUACGCAAAUAUUUGGGUUGCCAGGAAAAAACCGAUUGUCGCAGGUUUUUCGCGAUACCAGUCCUUUAUAAACUUAACAGAUAACGUUUUUCUAAGAAAACGACUGACUUCAUUUAAAAAGUGAUUUUUGCAAUUCUGUGAAACGUGAACAAUUGUUUCUCCUGGCAAACCAAAUAUUAAUUAUAAUAAAAAUAAGAAAAAUAUCAAAAAAAAAAAAAAAAUAGAAGCAUAGAUGAAGUUUAUUAAGUGAAAAUUAUAAAUUCGAGCUGUUUUCAGUGCCUAUUGUUUUAAGUGAUAACGGAAGUAGGGUUAGUGUGCUUUAAGCAUUUCUUUUUGUUGAUUAGGCUUAUAGCUUUUUAGAAAGAAUCGUUUUUAUAAGUUUUCAGCUAUUUUUUAAGAGAAACUUAAAACUCUUAAGGAAUUGUGUCAAAAAUCUCAGGAUUUUUCAAAAUAAAUCAAAAAAACAAAGUAGCGGACCCUUGUGAAAUUUUAUAUUUUUCUAUUAUACAUCACAAUACGCUUAAAGCAUAUUAUGGAAAAGUAGUUAUAGAGCUAUGAAGUAUUUCUUCUUUUUUUUUGUUCUAGUCAACUGACAAAUUUUAGGUUAAGAAUUUCACGCCUGAUCAUUAAAGCUUAGAAGUAAAUCGCUAUAAUCUUUAAUGGUUGGGACCCUCCUCGUAAUAUUUCCCAGUAUUAAAUAACGAAAAAUCAAGACUGGUUACUCGACUAUUCCACUAACACAAGAAUUUCUUUUAUAUUUUUGUUAUUAAAUAUUUAAUAGUUAGUUAUUUUGUUACCUUUUUUCCCCUCUUUUAUUUUGUUUCUUUUUAUGGUUUAGGUUUAAGAGUUCAAAAGUUUUUGUUGUACUUAUUGCAUUGUUUCGGUGCUACGCUUAAAAGUUUUUCAAUAAAAUAUUUAUAUACCAAAA